UUGAUUCAUAAUAUGUUCCGCGUCCGUGUAUACAUAUAUGUAACGGUUGAUAUCUCAUAUUAAAUGUAAAGUAUUUAACAGCGCGUAAAAGUGGCCCGCGGCUGAUCUGAGAUUGAUUGGUUUUGUCUGCAGAAAUCAUGGCGCCCUGACAUCUUCGGCAGAGUUUUGUUAUCCAGUACUGAAGUAUGCAAAAAUGUGUUAGCCGGUGGUCCUUUACAGCGAGUUUUCAUCAGAUUUAAUGAUAUUGACCACUGUUUUCAUUCGAGCUAUUAGACGUAUUUCAACUCUGUCCGUCAGAAUGAGUGAUCCGGCUGUAAAGAGGGUAGUGAGUGAUAUAAUUCGCUCUCCAGAAGACAAGCGGGAGUAUCGAGGACUUGAGUUUACAAAUGGACUGAAAGCAGUUCUUGUCAGUGACCCCACCACUGACAAAUCAUCAGCCGCGCUGGAUGUCCACAUAGGUUCUUUGUCAGAUCCAGAGAACAUUUCAGGUCUGGCCCACUUCUGUGAGCACAUGCUGUUUCUAGGAACCGAGAAGUACCCCAAAGAGAACGAGUACAGCCAGUUUUUGAGCGAGCAUGCCGGCAGCUCCAAUGCCUUCACCAGUGGAGAGCACACCAAUUACUACUUUGAUGUAUCCCAUGAGCAUCUGCAAGGGGCUUUGGACAG